CAUUUUAACUAAGCAUAGAGCAAACAAGAAUGUAGGAGGAUCAUAAAUUCAAAUCUGGCCACUCCAGGCUCGUUAUUUUCAAAAAAUAUUUUAAAAAAAGUUUGAAACAAACGAACGCUAGGCCAAACAAAAUAAAUAAAAUAAUUGUGAUUAUUGCGCAAACUAUUGUAAUUUUGAGUGAUGUGAAUUUUAAAUUAAGUGUUUCGAUCAAUUUUAAUCGCAAUCAGUGUUGAAAAAAUAAAGAUGAGUGAAAAUUUAGCAGAUCUUGAAAACGAUGUUGAAAUGUUGAAUUCUGAAGUCCCUUUCGAUAAUCUCGUCAUAUUGAAAGAAUUCGGAAACAUCGUAAACCUUGUCAAAGAUGAAGAUUUUUUGGAAACUGUACCUAAAGCAAAAUUGCGACGUGUAAAAUGGUUACCCAUGUUUAAUUGCUUAAAACAGGGUAUAUUUGAUGAAAUGGUACAAGAAAUCAGUAAUAUGUGGGAAUAUGAAAGUAUGCCUGAAAAAUUAGAAAUUCUUGAAAAGCAGAAGGAGAAGUUUAAUGAUGUUGGAGACUGCAAAAAAUUAUGGAGGCCACAAUUAGGAGAUGUGAAAGCACAAAUGAAAGCCAGUGAUGUACAAAAUUUGCAAAACCAAAAGUCUCUACUUGAAUCCUUAGCUAAAGAAUAUGAAAUGAGGGUCAAUAGGUUGAAGAAUGUUAUUUCUGCCAAAAGAGGCUAUUUAAAGGCUUUACAACUGGACUUACAGAAGUAUCAAAAAAAAAAUGAAGAUUUCUUCAGUAAAAUCAGCAAAAAGUUAGAAUGUCAUGAUACUUUUGUAAGUGAUAUAAUAAACAAUAAGAUAAAUGUAGAAGAAGAAAGUUGGACAGACAAAGACUUACAUUUUGAUGAAAUAAAGUGAUUGCAUAAUAGAUUGAAUAAAAUAUAUUUCAGAAAUUUGUACAUGAACAAGUUACAAUAAAGUCUAGCAAUGAAUUUUUCAAAGAGUAGGUGAAAGAUGUGCAGAGCAAAAGAUAUCGAGAAUAGCAAUUGCAUUACUAUCUUAAUAUACAAAAUGAAAUAUUAUUAAUUUAAAAUACUGUAAGUAGACAUACAAUAAAUUGCCUUUAAUAUUAAUGUUGAAUGUGAAAAGUUUAGCAUUUUUUGUGAAAAUUACAGAAUGUCAAAACAAAAUAAACAAAUAGUUUAAAUAGCAAUAUUUAUUAAUGAAAAAUGUUAACAUAGCUAAAAAUAAAAUUGUACAAUGCAAAA